UGGAAACCGAGUGACGGUGACCCGGUGACUUGUGUGGAGGAAACAUCACAGCCACCCCGCCGUAAGUGGGAGCCUCAUUUGCAGCCAAAGGAAUUCCUUACCAAGAAGAGAUGAAGAGGAAAAAUAACAAUAUUUCAAAUGAGGGGGAUGAGGAACACAAAGACACUGAAGGUGAAGAAAAUAGAAUGUGCCCUCAUUCCAUUCUCAUUCCAUAUGAAGAAGCUGAUAGAUGCCCAAUAUGUCUUUCCUGCAUAUUAGAGAAGGAAGUUGGUUUUCCUGAAAAUUGUAAUCAUAUCUUCUGCAUUACCUGUAUUCUUAAGUGGGCAGAGACUCUGCCUUCGUGUCCAAUUGAUCGAAAACCGUUUCAGGCAAUAUGUAAAUUCAGUGCAUUGGAAGGUUGUAUUAAGGUACAAGUACCAAGACAAUUAAGAGAAACAGAUGAUAAGAAACAUGUGGAUUGCCAUUCUGUAAAUAUUAAAAGCUGCAAGAGAAAAAGAGAAGAUGUAAAAAGAGAUCUGUUAAGUGCAGAAUUUUAUAAAGAUUUGAAGAAAAUGCAUAGAAAUACUUCAAAUAAUGAAAUGGUGAAAAGGAAAGCCACAUUAAUUAAGAUAAAUAAUGUAUUUUCUUCUGAUAAUCACAUUGGAGAAUCUUCUUGUACCAUUAGGAGUUAUGGAUUUACAGAAUUCACUGAAAUUGACUCAAUGAUUAGACAAAAGAGACAGGAACUCCAAUUGUCAUGGUUCUCUGAUACAUUACCUGGAGUUGCAAGAGUUGGUUUCAUUCCUUGGAUGGCUGGAGCUGAAAUCAUUCCUCUUGUUUCCUCUAUGUUGCCAAGAACAAUUUUUCCAAUGAAUACUAUUUCUUUGGAGGACUUUGGGUCAUUUUGCAAGGAACAUGCGCUAGCACAUACACAAGGGGGAGAGGAGAAGAAACAAACUUCAGGCACAUCAAAUAGUAGAGGAACAAGAAGAAAGCCUGCAGAAACAACUCCUAGGAGAAGAUCUACACGUAAUAUGAAAUCUGAAACUGUUAGUCAGUCUCAGAAUUCACCGAUUUCAAAUAAUUCUGAGUGUGAUGCUCCAGAUAGCAAUAAUUCAUCGGUAAAUGUUUCCACUUCAGCAGAUUCCAAGAAGCAGAUUAGACCAGUCCCCAAAAGAAAGCCUAAGAGAAGAACUAGAAAGGCACCUGUAGUUAGAAAGAAACUUCGAAGUUCAUCAUCUCUCCCUGAAAAAUCAUCUUCUAGUGAUUCUGCAGAUGAAGAAGUUAUAGAGUCUGACACACUCCCUGUAUUGGAUAAAGAAUGUAUAUCCAAUACAGAAAGUUGCAACUCUUGCAUCAUGCAGCCAGACAUAGAGCAAGAAUCUGUUAAUGGCUUGGGAAGUUUAAAUGAACAUGUAGACAUUGAGGAACUUAAAGAAAAUUAUGGAAAAGAACCGGAUACUGUAGAGAAGUCAUUUUCUGAUUCUGGUGAUCCAGAACCUUCUCUGCUAGUUGAAGAAGAAAUUAAGGAAAUUGAGAACAAAGGUACUGAGAAAGACACUUUGUUUUUAGAAAGUGAGCUCUCUAAGAAUAAUACUGAGAAAGAAGAUGAACGAAUAGAAACUCAAGUUAAAACAUCUGAGCAUUCAGAAUUAGAGGUAAAGGCAGAUGCAGCCCUUAAAAGUCCUCAAAAUGAAUUGCUUACACAUUCAAAAUCUGAGGGAGAUGUAAACCAGGUUGAUACUAAUUUCAAAGAUGAGGUAUUUGAGAGUUCAGAAUCAAAGGUAAAUGAAGAUCAAUGUACAGAGAGUCUCAAAGUGAGUAUCGUUGGCCAUCUUGAUUCUGAGAUUAAAGUAUUAUGUGUACAAAGUUCUGAGGUUGAGUCCCUUGAACAUGAAGAAGCAUUACUUGUAGAAGAUCAUGUUCCUGAGAACCCAAAGGUUGAUUUGCUUGAUCAUACAGAAUCUGGUGAACUGGAUUGCCCUGGAAAUGAGGAAAGUACAAUAGUUUAUUCAAAUAAUGAACAUUUAGAAAGUACUCAAGAAAAUAAAAAUUUUUUGAAAGAUGAUCUGUCAGACAAUGAUAAUGUUAACAAAUCUAUAGAAGAGAAGUCUGAAUUUCUUGCUGAAGAAAAUAAAAAUACAGAAUCAUCUAAUUUAGAUAGCGAACAGUUCCCCAAACAUUUUAAUGAGGACAAUAAUGAAACAAUACCUAUGGAAUGUGACUCAUUUUGUAGUGACCAAAAUGAAUCUGAGAGUGAACUGACUGUCAGUGCUAAAACCAAACUGGAGGAAAAUUCUCAAGAUAAAACACAAGAUUCAGAUCUUAUAAGUGUAAAGGGUGCAACACUCAUGCAUGAAACUGAAAAUUCUGCAAAUUUAGUAGAUAAGGCUAAAAAGCCUCGAACUAGAAGGUCUACAUUUCACUCUCCUACAACAUGGUCUCCUAGCAAAGACAUUAUACGGGAAAGGAAGCAGUCUCAAUCUCAAUCUCCUAAGAAAGACAUAGGAAAAGAAAGCAGAAAAUCUCAUUCUCAAUCUCCCAAAAUGGAAAUUACCAGAGGUCGAAGACGAUCUCGGUCUCAGUCUCGAUCUCCAAAGAGGGAUGUUGCAAGAGAGAGGAAACGAUCUCAGUCUUGGUCUCCAAAAAGAGAGGAAGGCAGGAAGUCUCAGUCACUCUCUCCUAGGAGAGACACUUCAAGAGAGGGCAGACGGUCUCAAUCAAGAACAAAAGAUUCUUCCCCAAGAGAGAAAUCUAGAUCUCGAAGCAGAGAAAGAGAAAAUGACAGAGAUGGGCAAAGGAGAGAUCGUGUUAGGGAGAGGAGGGCCAGAAGGUGGUCUAGGUCCAGAUCUCGUUCUAGGUCAUGUUCAAGAUCUAGAACAAAAAGUAAUAAGUCCUCCUUCAGUAGAAAUGACAGAGACAGUUACUCUCCUAGGUGGAAGGAAAGAUGGACAUAUGACAAUUGGAGGUUUCCCAGGGGAAAUGAUAGAUACAGAAAGAAUGAACAAGAUAAGCAGAAUGAAAACUUGAAAAAAGAAAAAAAUGAGGUUAAUCCAGAUAUUGAUGAACAGUGUUCUGCUGAUAAACAUAAAAAUGACUGUCCAGAUUGGAUAAUGGAAAGAAUAAAUUCAGGUCAAGACCCAAGGACUAGGAAUACAGAGAAAUUUAAAGAUUCUCAUUGGGAAGAAAAUAGACAUGAUAAUUCAGGGAAACCUUGGAAUAAAAACUUUGGUUCCAGUUGGAUGUCCAGCCGGGGCAGAGGCAACCGGGGCAGAAGUACCUUCAGAACAGGAUUUGGACAUAAUGAACAGAAUGAAAAUAGAUGGCAAAACAGAAAGCCCCUCUCAGGGAACUCAAAUAGUUCAGGGAAUGAGUCAUCAAAGUUUAUUGAACAGCAAUCCUAUAGACGUAAAAGUGAGCAAGAAUUUUCAUUUGAUACCCCUGCUGAUAGGUCAGGGUGGACUUCUGCAUCUAGUUGGGCUGUAAGAAAGACGUUGCCUGCUGAUGUACAGAAUUAUUAUUCAAGAAGAGGGAGGAAUUCCUCAGGCCCACAGUCUGGUUGGAUGAGGCAAGAAGAGGAAACACCUGAGCAAGAUCAAAACCUCAAAGACCAAACCAACCAACAAGGUGAUGGUACUCAGCUUCCUAUAACUAUGAUGCCGCAACAAAUGAAUGUAAUGCAACAACAAAUGAAUGCACAACACCAAACUAUGAAUAUCUUCCCAUAUCCUGUGGGUGUUCAUGCCCCCUUGAUGAACAUCCAACGUAAUCCAUUUAACAUUCAUCCUCAGCUACCCAUGCAUCUCCAUACAGGAGUGCCUCUCAUGCAGGUAGCUGCUCCUGCUAAUGUAUCUCGGGGAUUACCACCACCACUACCCCCUCCCCCGCCAUCCCAACAAGUCAACUACAUUGCUUCACAACCAGAUGGAAAACAACCACAGGGUAUUCCUAGUGCUUCUCAUGUAGGUAAUAACACAAGUACACCAGUCUUGCCUGCUCCAACAUCAACCCCUGGAAAUAUGGGCACAUUUCAGGGACCAAGUUCUGGUAAUGCUUCAUCAUCAAAUCACAGCAAAGCUCUUAAUGCUGCUGUAAAAUUGGCAGAAAGCAAAGUAAGUGUUACAGUGGAAGCCAGCGCAGAUAGCUCGAAGACAGACAAGAAAUUGCAAAUUCAAGAAAAAGCAGCACAGGAAGUAAAAUUGGCCAUUAAACCAUUUUACCAAAAUAAAGAUAUUACCAAGGAAGAAUACAAAGAGAUUGUGCGGAAGGCAGUAGAUAAAGUUUGCCAUAGUAAGAGUGGAGAAGUGAAUUCUGCUAAAGUGGCAAAUCUGGUUAAAGCCUAUGUAGACAAAUACAAACAUUCUCGGAAGGGGAGCCAAAAGAAAAACCCAGAAGAACCUGCAUCUACUGAAAAAAAAUAGGAUGAAAUAGAAGCGCUAAGAACACUAUCAAGAUUAUCUGCAAAGUGCAAUUUCAACAAGUACCAUUAACUGAAAAUUAUACACAACUGUUAUUGAAAUCUGGUUUUGAUAAAAUUCUCUUUUUUCAAUGUAGGUUAUAAUGGUUUGUUCUAAAUUAAUAGAGUUCUGCACUGCAACUUCUUUAUCCCUUUUUUCAAAAACAAAUUGAAAGGAAAGUGAAAAGUUUGAAGGAGAGUGCAUUUGAAUUAGGAAUGUGCUAUAGUAUGGAUACUG